UUUUGUUUGAUAUUUGGAUUUUUCUUUCAAUUUUGUUUAAAUGACAGAUUAAAUUACUGAAUCAUUCUCACAAAACAGAAGUUACAGUAAACUCAUUUGGACCUACAACAGAUAGAAGAAGAUAGAGAUGAAGGAUGAGAGGAAUUCAUUUGUGGCAACCAACAGUAGUAGUAAAUCAACAAACAAGCAUUUUGUCCUUGUUCAUGGAGGUUGUCAUGGAGCAUGGUGUUGGUAUAAGUUGACACCACGGCUAAAGUCAGCAGGUCACCGUGUCACAGUUCUGGACCUUGCAGGUUCUGGAAUCAAUUCAAAGCAGGUCAACGAUCUCCGGUCAUUUUCCGACUAUAUACGCCCAUUCAUGGAGUUCAUGGAGUACUCUAUCCCUAGCGGCAUAUCCAUUAAACCAGACGAGAAGGUGAUCCUCGUGGGUCACAGCUUGGGAGGGUUGGUCAUCUCGAAAGCUAUGGAAAUGUUCCCAGAGAAGAUAUCUGUGGCUGUUUUUGUCACUGCUUUGAUGCCCAACAUUUCAGAAUAAAUCGAUAUCUCCGAUGUCGG